AUGACGACCGCAACGACCGAGAAGAAGAAGCCAAGCGCAAUGCGCUCAAUCCUGGCAGGUGCAACUGCAGGUGCCGUAGAGAUUUCAAUCACAUACCCCGCUGAGUUCGCAAAGACACGAUCCCAACUCAACCGGAGAUUACCUGACGGAAAGAAGCUGCCAUGGCCGCCGUUCGGCAAGCAGUGGUACGCUGGCUGCACAACCUUGAUCAUCGGCAACUCUCUGAAGGCGGGCAUAAGAUUUGUCGCAUUCGACAUGUACAGGAAUAUGCUGGCAGACGCUGAAGGCAAAGUCUCCGGCCCAGCGACAGUCAUAGCUGGUUUCGGUGCAGGAGCUACAGAGUCGCUAUUAGCUGUGACUCCGUUCGAGAGUAUCAAAACCCAACUUAUUGACGACCGCAAGUCGGCGAACCCACGCAUGCGAGGCUUCCUGCACGGAUCAAGAAUAAUCGCACAAGAAAAAGGCAUUCGCGGCUUCUUCCAAGGUUUCCUCCCAACGACUGCACGUCAAGCAGCCAACUCGGCCGUUCGCUUCUCCAGUUACACAUCGCUCAAGCAGCUAGCGCAGUCAUACGUCACUCCAGGAGAGAAGCUCGGUGCCUUCAGCACAUUCGGACUCGGAGGACUCGCAGGCAUAAUAACCGUCUACACUACGAUGCCUAUCGACACAGUCAAGACACGCAUGCAGUCAAUAGAAGCACGGAGCUCAUACAAGAACAGCUUCGACUGUGUAGCCAAGAUCUUCAGAGACGAGGGGCUCUUCACCUUCUGGUCAGGAGCACUUCCAAGGUUGGGUCGGCUGAUCCUCAGUGGUGGCAUCGUCUUCACCAUGUACGAAAAGUCCAUGGAGCUCAUGGACAAGUUUGAUCCCCAGGGACGUUACAUAUAA